CUUAAAUUCAAAGGAAGAAAACCCUAAUGAAAGGGAGAGAAAGGAUGGAUCAUAAUCGCAACAAUGAGGAGUAUAGCCAUCAUCAGGCAGCUGAUAAUUUGGUGAAUUUGUUCACCAAAGCAAACCAUGAUCUUCUCGUAGUUCAGUACAAGCUUGAGAAGGAGUUUCAACAAAUUUAUCCCGAUAAUGCGAAUCCUAUGAAAUUGGUGUCUCGAAUAAAGAAGAUGCAAGAAGAGUUAUCGAGCUUGACCGACCAGUGCCGUGAGCUUCUAUCGGCCAAACAGGAUUUGAUUGAUAAGGCUAGAACAGUUCUUGUUGGGAACAGAAAUUUAGUCCAGCGUAUGCAAGCAUCAAUGGGCAUUCCCCUCGCAAGUGAUUCUGAUGAUCCAGCAUUCACUAAUUUCAACCAGAUCAUCGAUGAGUGGACGGUUCAAGUCAGAUCAAGAAUAGGAGAGGAGAUGCAGGAAUCGGAGCCGGAGGAUAUUAACAAAUUACUAUUCUCAGCAAUUGUUCCGAGCAACUGAACAACUUUCCCUUUACUAGUCAUCUCCAAGGAUGAUGAGUUGAGAAAUCAGAGUGAGUUGAGGGUUCUACUCCAAAAAUUUGCAUGAAG